AAACGGUGUUGGAAAAAAAUAAAACAAUGAUGAAUGACUAACUACAAAACAAAACAUGUCAAAUAAAAAUAGAAGCCAAGCGGGCAGGCAGGCAAGCCAGGCGCGCGCCCCCCAGUGGCGUGAGCGUGCACAGCGAGGACGAGCCGUGCGUGCGCGUGCGCCAGCCGACCGAGGGAAGAGCGAACCGUCUCGAACAGCAACCAGCCCCGCCGUCACCAGCAUGGACCACGCCUCCGCCGAGGGCGCCAACGUGGCCGCCACGAGCCUCAACGAGCACCGCCACGAGAACGGCGUCCCGACGGGACUCGCCAAAGUCACAGCUCACGCCGCCGAGAUGGACAACGGUGCCGCAGAGAAGAAGUCUCAAAGCAAAACGUCCACCAGAGCUCAGCCAGAUGUGACGAGCGGCCAGAGCAGCCCCGGGACGCCCAAGUCUCCCUCCGGCAAGGCGGCGGGCGACGCCCACAAGGUGAAGAAGGUGGCGGUGGUGCGAAGUUCCCCGAAGUCGCCCGGCUCCCUGAAGACGCACCCGCCGGUUCACCUGGCCGCCGCCGCCGUCGCGCCCAUGCCCGACUUGAAGACGGUCAAGUCCAAGAUCGGCUCCACCAAAAACCUGAAGCACCAGCCGGGCGGCGGGAACGUGCAGAUCCUGGACCAGAAGGUGGACUACAGCAAUGUCCAGUCCAAGUGUGGCUCCAAAGCCAACAUCAAGCAUGUGCCCGGUGGCGGCAAUGUUCAAAUCCUGGACAAGAAGCUGGACCUGACGGGCGUCCAAUCCCGCUGCGGAUCCAAAGACAACCUGAAGCACACCCCAGGCGGCGGCCGCGUCCAAAUCGUUCACAAAAAAGUCGACCUGAGCAGCGUGUCGGCCAAAUGCGGCUCCAAAGGCAACAUGAGCCACAAGCCAGGUGGCGGCAACGUGGAGAUCAAAAAUGAGAAGCUGGAGUUCAAAGUCCAAUCCAAGGUGGGCUCCCUCGGCAACAUCAACCACGUGCCGGGAGGCGGGCAGAAAAAGCGAGCGAAAGGGAAGGAAGGCGAGCGGAGGCCCUCGGCCGCCCCCUCCCUCGCCGCCACCCCCCCUCGCUCGCACGCGCCCGCCAACAUGGAGGAUGGCAGUUGUCCGGCGUCACACGGGCGGGGCUUAUCGAUGGACACCAGGCGUGAGCCAAUUAAGGGGUGCCCAAAGUGCAUUUGGAACCCAUUCAACAUAUCAGAGAUCGAGAGCCACAAGCUGAACUUCCGUGAGGGCGCCAAAGCGCGCACGGACCACGGCGCCGAGAUCGUCUCCCUGGAGGACUCGCCCACCCGGCAGCUCAGCGCCGUCUCGUCGUCCGGCAGCCUCGACGUGGCCGACCCCCCCCAGCUGUCCACGCUGGCCGACCGGGUCAGCGCCUCGCUGGCCCGGCAGGGGCUGUGAGGCCGGGAAACCCCGCUGGACCGCCCGCCUGCUCGUCGUGCAGCGUUUCCGCCCUCCUCCCGCUUCUCAACGAACUUUUUUUGGAGCCGCAUUUCGUUACCCCGGUCGCGUUAGGCCCUUCCCACGUCACGGCCGUUCCUCGGGGGUCCCCGUUAGCGGCAUUCCGUUUGGGGGCGACAUUAUUGCCAUUUCUGUUUCACGACGCCGCCCCGUUACGGGCCUUCCGUGACGGCGUUCCAGUCCGAUCCGCUUCAACUUCUUACUUUGCCGCCGUUUAGCGUCCCCUCGUCUUCUCGGUCUUCUGCUCUUAAGGCCUCUUUAUACUCGCGCGACCGACAACGCCCGCAUUGCUUGACGCGCGCCACGGCAAAGAUAAUUGCUGCGGAGAUCAUCUCUCGUGAUCGGUCCGUUUUAGUCACACGCUGUGGCGACGUAGUCAGCGUGCCCCUCGUGCCGCCGCCGCCAUCUCGAUCGAUUUUGCAGCAUCGUUAAACGUAUCAUCUGGUCUUCCGGGUCCAUUUGUUCUAGCAGACUGUGUUCCACGGUCGCCAUCGUUGUGUAAAAACGGCUACCGGAAACGGCCACAAAAUGCAGAGGAAACUCCACCCUGCGGCGUCCGAGCGAGACGCCCGACUUGGAGGUGAACUGCAGUACAUUUUCACAACUGCGUGUGUGGGUUGGGCGCGGGUAGAACGGCAAACUACGCGAGGGACAGGCGCGGUGACGUCAGCGCGAGUAUAAAGAAGCCUUAAGACGACACUUUCUUGUCCGCCUCUGACGAAAAUGUGGCGAAGGCCUGGUACGCACGCACGCACGCACGCACGCACAAGGAUUUUUCCAAUCUUCAAAUAUGGCAAAGCGGUUUCCGACCCAACACAUACGAUGAAAAGGUGGAAUUUGACCGUCGUGGUCGGAUUGUGUGUGUUGUGCUGCGAUACUCUCAACACACACGCACGCAAAGAUUGCGUCUCUCGAACCCAGACCUCCCGAGACGGAAAUCUCGCACGAUCGCACGCGAUCUCGCCAAAAAAGCAAAGACGAAAAACUUCCCGAUGCGCCGAUGUUUCCCGAGAGUUUCCGAGAAAGUGUUAGAGGCGGGAGCGUCGUAAAAUGGCGAUGUCGUCGUCGUCGUCGUCGUCGUCGUCCCCCAAAAAAAAAAGCCUUGCUUUGGAAAAGCCUUUUUGCUGCCUGAGGAACCCCCUCGCCCACUCAAACACGCAAAACACAACAGGUCGGACGGAUUUGUUUUGCUUUGUUUUAUCACGGCCGCUUCUUCGUUCGUCAGUCAGGUCGCUUCUUGAUGAGCUCCAUUCGGUUCCACGUGACGAUUCACCGAGUCGUCGGCUUUCUGCACGCACGCAAAAGAUUUUUGGUAGUAAAUAUUGAACACGCGUCGCAUUUAAGAUUGUCGGCACAACCCGUUUCAGAAGCCAUUAUCGGGACAAAUUCACUCCGAACACAGCUCAGACAAAAAGGACGAUCUUAGAAGACGGCCGGCGGUCUGGUGUUCGACGCGCAAAAUCGGGCCCGAUCGUCUCGAUGUGCGUACCGGGCCUUAGCCGAGUCUUGGCGCUUGUCACUUUCCUGCCACCUUUGACGCAAAUGUUGCUAAGGUGACGUCACUCUUGUGUUGUGUUAGCUUUGCGAGCGGGGGCGCCUUUUUAAACGCGGGGGCCGAACGACGAGCGGCAUUUUCCGAGCAGUACCGUCGCAAAGUCGACAAAUGCGUUGUUGGUGUCCACGUACUUUUAGCUUCUUAUCUCCAGUAUUUAUAGUUCCGGUCGGUCGAUUGACAUUCACGGUUCGUUCUCCAGUUUCUACCCCACGGAAAGAAAACAAAUGUUCACUUCCCUGCAUGAAGCGAGCCGAGUGAGCGCCCAUUGCGCUUUUCUUGCUUUUUUUCCACACAAACCUGCUGGAUUCGAUGCGUGUGCGUAUGCAGGGUAAUGCCACUUUCGUGUGUCGUGUUUUCUUACCAGCGCUGAGGUGCAUGCUAACGUCUUCUAUUGUGUCUCUUGAAGACGACGACGAUGAUCUCCAUCAGCCAGUUUCCAUAGUAACCAACUCACACCCUGUACAGUGGUGCAUACGUGAGUGUUGUUAUUGUGCAUUUAAUGUAUGUUUGUGUUUGACAAUAAACGAUACUAAGUCGCCAAA